UCAGACCAUCACUGUAACACUCCAUUAUUAAAAAAAGCACAAGUUAGUGCUUCAUCAUCCGCCAAAGGUCGAGAUCCAUCAGAAGUUCGUCUUGAAGGAGUGAAGUCGUGGACUGCUAACAGUAAUGAUGCUUAUCAACAUUUGAUAAUCGACCUGGGUGAAGCCGUGAGUAUUACUUCGAUAGUGACAAAAGGAAAUAAAAAUUAUGAUGAAUAUGUUACGGAGUAUACUAUCAGCUACGGUACUAAUGGAUUUGAUUAUACAGAUUAUAAAACGGAAGAAGGCUAUAUCAAGAUAUUUGACGGUAAUACUGAUGGAAAUUCUGAAAAAUCGAAUGUAUUUGAAGUACCCAUUGUUGCACAAUGGAUUAAAAUAAAUCCUAUUCGAUGGUUUCGUCAGAUUUCUAUGAGGAUUGAGCUCUAUGGUUGUCAUUAUGCUUCUGAUGUUAUUUCAUUUAAUGGAAAUUCAAUAGUACGCAUCAACUUGUUUCAAGAACCUAUUGAAACUGAAGAACAUUCCUUAAGCUUUCGAUUCAAAACCAAUAAUGCUGAUGGAAUUCUAGUCUAUUCACGUGGAACACAGGGUGAUAUUCUAGCAAUACAAUUGCACGAUAAUAAAUUGUUAUUAAAUAUUGAUCUGGGUUCUGGAGUUAUGACGAGUGCAUCUAUUGGAAGUCUUCUUGAUGAUAAUAUUUGGCAUGAUGUACUUAUUUCACGAAAUAAACAUAAUCUUACACUUUCUGUUGAUCGAGUGGUAGUUAGAAAAAUAAUUGAAGGGCCAUUUAAAAAAUUAAAUCUUAAUCAAGCGCUCUAUUUUGGAGGAGUACCUAACAUGCAAAAAGGACAAGUCGUGUUUCAAAACUUCACAGGCUGCAUGGAAAAUUUUUAUUUAAAUAAAACAAACUUUUUCCGGCAAUUGAGAGAAGCUGAAUCAGUUGGAGAAGCUGGUGAAUAUAUGGUUCGAAUGAAUGCUAACUUCGGAUGUUCAGAAUCUUCUGUAGUUCCUGUGACGUUUUUAACAACUGGCAGCUUCGUUCGACUCCAAGGAUGGGAAGGAUCUCAGAAGCUACAUAUUUCUCUAUCAUUUCGGACAUUUAGAAGUGCUGGAUUACUUGUUCUUCAUUCAUUUCGAUCUUCAGGAAAUUUCAAGUUAUUUUUAGAAAAAGGAAAGCUUAUAAUGCAAAUCUAUACUAAAGAAAGCCCUGAAGCUAUUCUUGAUAAUUUUGAACAAAGAUUUAACGAUGGAAAAUGGCACAAAGUACUUUUGGAAAUAAAAAAAAAUAGCAUUACUUUGGAAAUUGAUGAAGUUACUACAAAGAUUUCUAAACGUAUCGAUAUUCAAACAGGAGAACAUUAUUAUAUUGGAGGAGGACUCUUAGGAUCUCCAAGAUUCGUAGGCUUUGUUGGAUGCAUGAAACAAAUUAGCAUUGAUGGCAGUUAUCGAUUACCUGCUAACUGGAAGAAGAACGAUAUGUGCUGUGAUAACGAAAUUCUCUAUGAUGCUUGUCAAAUAUUAGAUCGAUGUACACCAAAUCCAUGUAAGCAUAAUGGAAUAUGUACACAACCUGCUGAUGAAUUUGAGUGCAAUUGCACUAAAACUGGGUACACAGGAGCAGUAUGUCGUACAUCGAAUUAUCCCUUGUCAUGUGAGGCCUAUAAAAGUGUGCAUUCUGUUAGUCAACAAGAAAAUAUUUAUAUUGAUAUUGAUGGAAGUGGUCCACUAGAUCCUUUCCCAGUGACUUGUGAAUUCCAUGCUGAUGACCGUGUAUCAACCAUCCUUCGACAUGAUCAUGAAAAUCCAACACUCGUAGAUGGCUAUUCAAACCCUGGAAGUUAUAUUCGUACAAUACAGUAUGAUGCUAAUCUUAAUCAAAUAGAAGCUCUUUUAAAUCGUUCUUCCUCGUGUCGACAAAGACUUAGUUAUGCUUGUCAUAAUUCACGACUAUUUGAUAUAUCAGAUCCUCAAAGUGAUGUUUUUGAUCCAAACUCUUGGUGGGUAAGCAGAGGUAAUGAAAAGAUGAAUUAUUGGGGUGGCGGAUUGCCCGGAUCUCAAAAAUGUGAAUGUGGAGUAUCAGGAACUUGUAUAGAUAAAAAAAAAAUGUGUAAUUGUGAUGCUGGCUACAGUGAUUGGUAUGAAGAUGGUGGAGAUAUAUUGGAAAAAGAGUAUCUUCCUGUGCGACAGUUAAGAUUUGGUGAUACUGGUAAUGUUGUGGAUGAUAAACAGGGACGGUAUACUCUUGGUCCACUUAUUUGUGAAGGCGAUGAUGUAUUGAAUAAUGUAGUAACCUUUCGGAUACUUGAUGCUACCAUCGAUCUUCCAACAUUCGACAUGGGACAUAAUGGUGAUAUAUACUUUGAAUUUAAAACAACAAUCGAAAAUGCAGUCAUAAUCCACAGUACUGGACCGACAAAUGAUUUCAUCAAAGUCUCCAUUGUAGCUGGCAAUCAGAUUCAAUUCGAGUAUAAAUCUGGAGAAAUUGUUCAGACAGUCAGUGUUCAAACAUCUGAUCGCCUAAAUAAUAACAAUUGGCAUUCAGUUACUGUUGAACGAAAUCAAAAAGAAGCCCAAGUAAUCAUAGAUGGAGCCAUAAAAAAUUCUGUUCGUGAAACACCAGGUCCUAUUCGUCCACUACAUCUCACUUCAAAUUUAGUUAUUGGAGCCACAACACAAUUCACUGAUGGUUUUAUUGGAUGUAUUAGAUCUCUUUUACUAAAUGGAGAACUUCAAGAUCUAAGACAAUAUGCAAGACGUGGAACCUAUGGGAUUGGUGAAGGUUGUGUUGGGAAAUGUGUAAGCAACCCUUGCCUUAAUAAUGGAACAUGUAUAGAAAAAUACAAUGCCUAUGAUUGUGAUUGUCGUUGGACAGCAUUCAAAGGUCCUAUUUGUGCUGAUGAAAUUGGAGUUAACAUGCGACCUGAUUCAAUGAUCCGUUAUGAUUUCACGGGUAAUUGGAGAUCAACGAUUUCUGAAUAUAUUCGAGUAGGUUUCAGUACAACUGAUGCUAAAGGAUUUUUACUAGGAUUAUCUUCGAACAUUUCUGGAGAAUAUUUAACAGUGAUGGUAUCAAACAGUGGUCACUUAAAAGUAGUUUUUGAUUUUGGUUUCGAAAGACAAGAAUUGAUUUAUCCGACGAAACUAUUCAAUCUUGCACAAUAUCAUGAUUUAAUUAUCAAGAGAGAAAAUGAAGGUGCAACCAUGUUACUUAUUGUUGAUGGUAACGAACCUAAAAAAUAUCAUUUUAAUAUAAAAACUUCUUCUGAUGCACAAUUUAACAAUAUUCAAUACCUUUACAUUGGAAAAAAUGAAUCGAUGACAGAUGGAUACUUUGGAUGCAUCUCAAGAGUUCAAUUUGAUGAUUUUUAUCCUUUAAAGCUUUUAUUUCAACAAGAGGGUCCAGCUAAUAUCAAAUCAACAGGUGGACCAAUAACAGAAGAUUUCUGUGGCGUUGAACCUAUUACUCAUCCUCCAAAUGUUGUAGAGACUCGACCACCAUUACACAUUGAUCAAGCAAAACUAAAAGCUGCUUUUCACGAAUGGAAUAAAAUAAUUCUAGGAAGUGUUUUAUCAAUCUUAUUUAUUGCUUUAGUAGCCAUGACUGCUCUUAUAUUAAAGUAUAUAUCACUACAUAAAGGAGAAUAUUUAACUCAUGAAGAAAAAGGUUCUGAAAAUGUUGAUGAUCCUGAUUCUGCUGUAGUCAAUUCAAUCAGAGGACAUCAAGUUGAACGAAAACAGGAAUGGUUUAUGUAA